AUGAAGUUCAAGUGUCUAGUGUCGGUGGUAAUACUCCUGUUCGUUGGUAGCUGUCACGCCAGACCCGGUCUGCUGCUCGACGGACUGAAGUCCAAUCAUGGACUUCGUUUACUGGAUCCUUUGGGACUCUUCCACAAGGAUAAAGAUACUCGGGCAAGCAGCAACGCGCAGUCGUUCGGAAGCAACCUGAACCUGGGACCUCUUUCCUUUUCAUCGGCAAUAUCCUCGGGAUCGGCGAGCGCAACAGCCGAUGGAUCUGCAUCGGCCAAUGCCAAGGCGAAUGCACAUGCCCUCGGUGGAUCCAAUGCGAACGCCGACGCCUCGGCCAUCGCUAAUGCCCAAGGUAUAAACGGUGGUUCGGGACCAAAUUACUAUUCUAACAUCGAUGACAACCAAGGCGGUAAUUAUAACGGUUACGUUCCACGCAACGAUCGUCAUCACGGUGGUUACGGCGGUUCUCAAGCGAAUGCAAACGCGAAUUAUGGUGCACAGGCUGGUGCACAGGCCGGUGCACACGGUGGUGCCCACGGGGGUGCGUACGCGGGUGCAUCCGCCGGGGCAACCGCCGGCACAAUAGCCAGCUCGAACUCAAACAACAACCUGAACGUGAACACGAAUACGAACGUGAAUACGAACGUGAACACGAAUCUGAAUUCGAUAGUCAACACGAACGCCAACCUGGACACGAACGUGAACACGAAUGUAAACACUAACGUGAACACGAACGUGAACUCGAUCAGCGGCGUAAGAGCACCGACUGGUUACUAUUCAGCGGGAAAUGUUCAAAGUAACGCCGAUGCGAACGCGGUUGCUAACAACGGAGCAAGCUAUAUUCCCGAUAGACAGUUUUCUGGCAUUUCGACAGGCGUACAAAGACCGCCAAACUUUCCUGGAUACAACCGAGAACCGGUCACGAUUCCAUACCCCGUUCACAACCAUCCACCUUAUCCGCGACCCGAAGAGUUCGUUCAUUCGCUUCCGCCGCUUCAACCGGCCAUUCCGUACAACGGAGACUCGGUGAUACCAGUUGUCGUCGUGGACGGUCCACCGUUCGCUAGACCGAUGCCUCGACCGAGACCGAUGCAUCGUCCGAAACCGAAGUACGAGCCGUUCCAGAUCCUCGUGAUCGAAAGUACGGAGCCGCAGGGCCAAGGAUUCCCUAAUCCAGAGGCAAAUAGAAGUAGAGCAUGGGAACGUUAUUAUGACUUCUGUUGCACCAUCAUCGACUUUUCUGAUUCGUUGCACCGAUACGCAUCGUUCUUCCAAGCAUACUUCCAAGAAAUUUCUGGCCUUUCUUCUCCGCACACUAAUAUACCGUUGGAAUGUUUCUUCUCUAUCACAUCGACGUGUGGUCCAGGAAAAAGUGGAUACUACGGACCGAUAGGUCAACAACCGAGUGGAGGUGGUAGUCUUUACCCGACAGGCUCUUCGGGGGCCCUCGCUAAUGCCAACGCGAACGCCAACGCAAACGCCAACGCAAACGCCAACGCAAACGCCAAUGGAAAUCGCUACCCUGGUUCGUCCGGUUACGUGCAGCAACAGGGAUAUUAUCCUUCGAGCGGUCCAUCGUCUCCCGCCGGUGCCAACAAUCCCUUCCUCGGUGGAACGUCCCAAGCGAACGCUCAAGCCAUUAGCAACGCCAACGGAAACGCGAAACCUGGAUCAUCGGGUUAUGCUCCGAGUCCAGGAUAUUAUCCUGCCAGCAGUCCAUCCGGUCCAACCGGAGCGAGCAAUCCUUUCCUCGGUGGAUCCUCCCAAGGAAAUGCCAACGCAGCUGCCAACGCGAACGCAAACGCAGGUGCGAUAGCCAGUUCGCCGACCCAAAUACAAGGGCAGAAUCCUUUCUUGAACGGUCCUGCUCGCAGCCCCGGUGCAUACGGAAGCAAUACCGGUAUAACGAAACCAUCUUCUCCGGGUCUUGAACAUCUCGUGAUUAACGGAGGUGGCUCGGCUAACGCGAAUGCAGGUGCGAACGCGGUGGGUUCCACCAAUGGAUACGGACAGCCGAUUAAAUCGGCACCUGUGGUGAUUCCAGCACAGCCUGGAGUAAUUGUACAGGGACCGAGUGGAUCGUACGGAAACAUAGGCUCGGGCACCGCAUUCGGUGGUUCUGGAUCGAGCACCGGAACUGGAGGAUAUUAUGCGCCUACCAAAGGUGGCGCCCCGAUCUACGGAUCGUCUAGACCAAUUUAUGGUAGCGGACCGUCCGGAGGUAGUUCUGUGAGCAAAGCCGAUGCGUCGGCCGAUGCCGGAAACAGUGGAUUCGGAAUCUACGGAGGAGGCAACGGGGCUGCUGGCGCUGGUAGUAGCGCCUUAGGUAACGUCGGUCCUACGGUAACGGCUCCUGGAGGAUAUAACAACGGACAAUACGGAGGUUCUUCGACAGGUGUAUCCAAAGCCGACGCGGCAGCUAAUGCCGGAAACGGUGGAUUCGGAAUCUACGGAGGGGGAAAUGGAGCUGCUGGCACUGGUAUUAGCGGGACCAUAGGCGGGACCGGUCCUACAGGAACGGCUCCUGCGGGAUACAACGGACAAUACGGAGGUUCUUCGGCGAGUGUAGCCAAAGCUGACGCGGCAGCCAAUGCCGGAAGCGGUGGAUUUGGUUCCUACGGUGGAAACAGCGGACCGGGUAGCAUCGGCAGUGGCCUCGGCGCUACCCGACCCUCUGGAUCGGGUCUCGGAGGAUUUGGCGGACAAUACGGAGGAGGUUCUUCCGGGGCAAAUGCCAAAGCCGACGCGAUAGCCAAUGCUGAAACCGGCGGAUUUGGCUCUCAGGGUGGAAACAACGGAGCGGGUAGCAUCGGCAGUGGCCCGAGUGUUACCGGACCCUCUGGAUCGGGUCUCGGGGGAUUUGGCGGACAAUACGGAGGCGGUUCGUCCGGGGCAAAUGCCAAAGCCGACGCGAUAGCCAAUGCUGGAGCCGGUGGAUUUGGCUUUCUGGGUGGAAACAGCGGAGCGGGUAGCAUAGGCAGUGGCCCGAGUGCUACCGGACCCUCUGGAUCGGGUCUCGGGGGAUUUGGCGGACAAUACGGAGGAGGUUCGUCCGGAGCUAAUGCGAAAGCGGACGCUGCCGCUAUCGCCGGAGGAUCCAGUGGCUCGUCCGGUGGCCUAUCCGGUGCCGUAUCCAGUGCAAACUCCAACGCUUUCGCCAACGGGGGUUCGGCAACCAGCUCUAGCAAGUCCAGCGCGUACAGUUCCGGAAGUGGAUCGGGCAACGCGAAGGCGCAAGCGUCCAGCAGCGCGAUAUCAUCGUCCAACAAGAGUUCGGCCAGCAGCUACGCCUCUGCUACGGCAGACACGAGCGACAUGCUAAUCUUUAGUAACUGAUCGCCACGAUUCAUCCAUGAGGCAACCCGACGCCGUACACGUGCCAUUAUUGCUCUCGGAAAGUCUUACCGUAUUCGAUUUACGAGAAUUUCAAUUUUUCUUAUUUCUGGCGUCUAAAUUUUCAAUACGUAGAUCGACCGUGGUAAUUAAGAGUGUCGUAUAUGUGUGUGUACAUAUAUCGGUUGAAAUGAAAUUAUAAACCCGUGUGAAUACCUUCGACGUGUAGAUAAUAGAUUUCGCGUUAGCGCAAAAAAUACUUUGACGCUUCGAAUAUACAUAUCUACAUCUUACGUAACGUUUGACUGCGUGUCACCUUUAGGAAUAAAACUUUAAUUUCAGCGAAGCGACAAAGUUCUAUGGACAUUCGACUUGCAAAUACUUCAAAUGUCAAAUCGAUUAUUAUAUCAUAGUCAUCGCACAGUAAAAAUUCGAUUUUUAAUACUAAUCAGUGAUUCAUGAUGUCAUUCUUGCGAAUACGCGAUGUACAAAGAAUGUUGAGGUUCCGGAUUCUAUUAUGUAAAUUUCGUACAAUCGUUCGAAAUCGAGAGUAUAUUAUCAAAUUAUCGUAGACUGUUUAAUCGUUAAGGUGCAAUAUACUCGAUUCGAGAUGUUAGAUAGAAUGUCAGAUCGUAGAUCCAAUAUGUAAAAACGCCUUGUUACUAUCGCUACGUUUUCGAGACGAUCGAGGACACCGAACAAAUGGACAAUACUCUAAUUACUCUAAUACACGUAUAUAGGACUAUUACGCAUAGUAUACGAUUCCUCGGCCAAGUUAGUUUAAUGCGUUUGAUCGAGCACCGUCGCGAGUAAAACGAAUCGCACUUAUUUUCUGCAAAUUCUAUUCGACACUGAACCGAGACUGUUUAUCGCAUCGUUUACUUAUCUCGAGAAAUCAGCAUCGUCCGGUGACGCACGCGAGAUUGUUUGUUCGUCGACAGAAAAAAAAAAAUGUGGGUCAUAGUGUGCCACGACAUAAGGAUAUCCCAACUAACUAAAGCAUCAAAAAUUUCUCUUCGUUUCUCUUCUCGUGAUCGAAGAAUUCGUAGAAAACCUGCUUAAAAUUCGUACGAUGCGGUAUAGAUGUGUGUAUAGGACAAGGAAGGGAAACCCAUCAGCUUCCGUCCAUAGAACGAUAAAUAAUGUUUAGAACGAAUCAGAGAAGACAUUGGAAUUCGAUGGGGUACCCUGGAGGACACGAUGAUACUCGUUUCGUUUCGUUCAGUUUUGUUAAUUCUCAUGUACGCGACUACUAAAAGGUAAUUUUCGCGCAAUUACCAGUAAUCAGUUUUCCAUCGACGAUCGUUUAUUUUGCGUCUUCGCGGAAUUUCCGUCUAUUAUCGUGUCUUAUCGAAUUGCUGCACACAUCGGUUCUCUGUCUCUGCCUUUACUUCUCUCUCGCCUUCUUACGUAAGACAUACAUACAUACAUACAUACGCCAAUGCGUACUCUGUAAAUUAUAAGAACUCAAUAAACUACGAUUUUUUUAUCGA